AUGUCGAAUGUACAGGAGUUGGUAAUGGAUUUAAUCAAUGAUGGCAGAUUUGGGGGUGACAUCCCAGACGAAUUCAUUGGUCUUGACGAUGUGUGUUGGUGGCAAACCGCGCCAGGCCCGACCCCGAAGUUGGAGAAACUCUUUGUCAGGAUGCCGACCAGUUGGUUCUCCAACAUUGCUGUCAACUGGACUAGCCUGCUCACCUGCAAGCCCAAGGAACCGAUGUUCUUCAGGGCCAGUCGCCAUGCGAUUUCUUUCGACGAGACAACUGCCUGCAAGUCAAUUCGAUACCUUGCAACUGACUGCGAACCGUUCUGCGAAGACGUUAACAUGCUUGCUUCUCGUAUGCCCCAACUGGAGGGACUGUACAUCAUGAGUAAAAGUUCCAGUCAGGGCCGCAUAGUCUUCUACGAUGAUCUUGGCGGAGACGUUGUAGACAUCCAAAGGGAAAAACAAGAAUGGAAAGAGAUUGCUCGAAGUCUCGCUAAUAUCAUCGGUGGCCUCAAGUAUGUGGGAAUCAACUCGGUUAUCUGGCUAAUCGACCGUACGUCAGGGAUAGCCCUUUAUGAGUUGGAUCGAAUGGAGAACGAUCAUGAGGCCCCCAACUUAUUCAAGAUUGAAAUACCGUAUGAGUUUGAUGUCGCUCAUGCGGCAAAAUUCUGGGUAGCGAAUCGGGUCAGAGAUGAUGAUGAGCUGAUGUAG